ACUAAACUAGAAUUCUAUCACAAUUGCAGUUAAUUUAUUUUUAAAAAUAGUGCGUGUUUGUUUUUUAUUAAUGUCAAAAUGUUUGAUUAUAAUGCAAAACAGGAGUAACUUUUUUGAUUUUUUCAUUAAAGAGGAAUAAAAUUUUAAUAUAAAAUGUUUGGACAAGACAGGAAAAGAUUUAUAAAUCGCGACAGAGUUGAGAGACACAGGUGUUCAAAAAAGUUGAAAUUGUCUGAUGACAAUAUUUCGCAGGAAGAAUCUUCAUCUGGUUACUAAUGGAACACGUGAAAAUGAAUAUCAAAAGUUUGCACAAAAAUACAACCCAUGUUGUUGUGCAGUUCAUUAAACUAAACAGUAAAGUUUUGUAAAUAUCCACCCAUCGUAGAAUGUAAAUUUAUUGAUGAGUUGGUUGAAACUUGAAAACAUCCUGAUCCAAAGUGGGGAGAAUGGGCUGUAAUUUUAUUAAGAGAAGGAAGUUCUUUUCAACAAGGAAUAAGGCGCCAGGAUAAAGCCUUCGAUAGCGCAAUUGUUGAUACAAGUACCUUUGAGGAAAGUUGCUUAAGUGAUGAACCUCGAGAACAUUCCGAUUCAAGUUGCGAUGAAUCAGCUGAUGCCAUUUUAGCCGAAGCGAAAAAUGUCGUUGCCAUUCAGUGAAAAAUAAUUUUACUAAUACAGAAUCUGAAAAAUCUUUGGACAAUUCUUUUGACGAAGAACACGAACGGAUCAACAACGAUUAUAUAAUCAGUCCAGAAAAUCAUUUAAAAAAUCAGCUCAAACUAAAUCAAAAUUUAAAAGUCCUUACGCUUCUGCUUCCGUCAUAAGAGUUAAUGGUGCGAAAAAUAUCGCCAAUUCGCAACGUAAAGUGAAUGAGACCCAAGCGAAUGCCAUGCCAGUAGCUUCUUCGUCAAUCCAUUCAGUGAUAGAAAACUUUCCAGAUGUAGAAUCUGAAGAAGAACUCGAACCGAACAACAACGAGUAUAAGCAGUCCGAAAAAGCAUCAUUUACAAAACCAGCUCAAACAAGAGCAAGAAAAUUUAAAAGUCCAUAUGCUUCUGCUUCCGAAAGAAGAGUCACUGAAAAUUCUAAUCAUCGGAAUAGUAAAAAAUGUGCACACUGCAGAAAUGAUACUGAUUUGACUGAAGUGUUCACAAAAUCGAUGGAACUUUUAGAAAGACGACUUUUACAUCAUAUUAACAGAAGAUUAGACACGUUGUCAGAUGCGGUAGUAAUAAAUCAAGCUGCAACUACAAUCUCUGAAAUUACGGAGAAACCAAUUUUGAAAACUUUGCCAAAAGAAACGGUACAAGAUUUUAAAGAUUUUGACCAAACUCUCAGUAAUAAUGAAGAAUCUCUACUUCAUGUGCACGCGCGAAAUCAGCCAACGUUGCAAUCCGUAUUAUAUUACCGAGAAUCAGUAAAAAGGAAGUUCAAUUAAAGUACAGUAAGGCAGGAAAACCAUUUCACGGAAUAUCAAAGGAUAAUUUUUCCGCCACGACAACAUUUAAAUCUUUAGAAAGAGUUCUUUUGGAUAUAUUCAAGAACGAAACACAAAAGACGAUUGGAACAGCGGUUAGUAGAUGUCAAAUGUAGGCUGUCAAAUGCUGUUGAUCGGGAGGGAGGAAAAAAGAAACGGAUGCAAGAAAAUGCCCGUCAAGCAGAGUAAAUAAAAAUCUUUUAAUUAGUAAUCCUAAAUCUAAAAAUUACAAUACUAUUUUAAAUAAAUCUAGGUAGCCACUUAAGAAAAGAUAUUUUAGUUUUCGUUUAGCAAGAUAUUACGUAAUGAUGUUGUGAAUCGUGUGACAUUAUUAUCGAAGAAAUUAAUGUCGUCAGAAAUCAUAUUUGCCUCUCUGCUAAGUCUAGCAAUCAAUGAGUUAUUACCAUAAUUAGUUUUGUGAAAUGCCACCGAAAACAAUGUAUAUCGCCUAGAAAACAUUCUGGGCACUUAUAAAUUUAUCAUAGAGAGAAGUGAAGGACAAAAGAUAGCUCCAUUCAUAAGUCUAUACAAAAAAGCCAUAUCUGCAAAGUAGAACCGUGAAUUUAACAAUGGUAUAUUUAAUACCGAUAUAAGUUCCCUGUAAUCAUGUGUUUGCACGUCAAAGGGGAUAUUGAGUAAUCUCGCAGCAAAUCUAAGAAAUUUGUUCUGAACACGUUCAAUUCUGAUUAUAUGGAAGACGUAGAAAGGUGCCCCAAUGAUACAUGCAUAUUCUAUAAUUGUUCUGACAAGCGUCAGGUACAAAGUCCUGAUGGUCAACAUGUUAUGAAAAACAGAGGCACAUCUCAUUAUAAAACCCAAGACUUUAGAGGCUUUUGAAACAGUCUCAGUAAUAUGAUCAUUAAAUACUAAAUUACUAUUAAAUACAACCCCCAAAUCACGCACCCUCUCUACUCUCUCGAAAAUAUGACCAUCAAUAGUGUAGUUGUUUAAAUAUAAAUUUACACUACCUUUCGAAAAGGUUACAACAAAACUCUUUUUAAUGUUUAUACUUAAAUGAUUUUUAACACACCAAUUUUGGGGUCUUUUUAAAUAUCUUUGUAACUUUAAAAUAUCUUUUUGAAAGGUAGACGGAUGAAUCACUGUAUAACACUUGAGGUCGUCAGCAUAAAGUAAAAACGAGGAGUGCCUGAAUAUUUGCUUAAUAUCAUUCAUAUAUAAAAUGAACAUUAAGGGACCUAGGCGUGAUCUCUGUGAUACCCCAGAAGUUGCUAGAAAAGGAUCGCUAAAUUCACCAACAACCCUUACCACCUGAAUCAGGGUUGCACAGUGACGCGUCACUCGAGGUUUUUGACGUAUAUUACGUAAAAAAUGUAAUAUACGUAAAAAACCUGUAAUAAAUGUAAAAAAAUAUGGCGGCGGUCUGGCGAUCAAUAAAAAAUAUGUAAACAAAUAUUAGUAUCACAGAAAAGCAACAAAUUAAUUAUUUUAAAACUUUUAAAAAAUAAGUAUAUGGAUAUGAAUGCACAAAAUCGAAAACGCCAAGCAAUUCCUUGGCAAAGUUUAAAAUUUUCACGCUUGAAAACUGAUGAAAAAGGAGUAUUUGUCAUAGUUCUCUUGCACCCAGGACAAAAUGCUGCAUUUUUCCCAUCGAGUUUCACCAAAACAUACGACAAUUCCUUCCAAAAAGAAUUUCGCGGCCUUCCACCUCUACGCAUUUUAUUUUUCGCAAUUUGCAAUUGUGCCACUCAAUUUUAUUUUCAGGAUCACGGAGUUUAAGCGGCCAUUUUGAUAAAGUAAAUUACGUAAAAAACUAAGCACGUAAAUUACAUACGUAAUAUACAUGUAAAAAACCAUGUAAUUUACGUCAAGUAUAUUACGUACGCAACCCUGCACCUGAUACCUGUCAGAAAGAUAAUUUUUGAAAAAAAGAACAAUAUUGUCAGAAAUGCCUAGUGAUUUCAAUUUAUUUAUAAGUAUAUUAUGGUCCACCUUAUCAAACGCCUUCGAUAUAUCAGCAUAAAUAACAUCGAUUAUUUAUACAUAUAAUAUUUAUAUAUAUGUCAAUAA